CUGUCAAAGCAAAGGACGCAAUCUUCAGUUUGACUAGGCAGUUCUUGUUUGACAAGAUGUCAGUGUUAAUUAAUACCUGUAAAUGUCACUGUCUGUAUCUACUGAGCCGGAACUCCAGAUGGCAACAAGCGUACAGACUGUUAACAAUGACCGGUGGACCUCGUUCAACAGAAUCAGUAUGUGGCGGCCGAUUUAGGAGAAUUUCUUCUGCAAAAACAGACGCGAGGACCAGUGUUUUGGGAGGCUGCACACACGCAAAGUGGUUUAAUAGGACUCUACAGAGAAGAGAACUUCAUUUAAGCAUGCCCCUUGAGGAGGAAAAUGCACUUCAGUUCAGAGAACUAACAGAGACAGAGUAUGAGAGAAUAGCAGAUGAUACACUGGAUGCUUUAGCAGAGUAUUUUGAAGACCUCACAGAUGAAAACUUCACUGGAAUCGAAUAUGAUGUCAUAUUCUCUAGUGGUGUGCUGACAGUAAAAGUGGGUUCUGACCAUGGUACAUAUGUCAUCAACAAGCAAACACCCAACCGACAAAUUUGGCUCUCCUCGCCAACAAGUGGGCCAAAACGCUAUGAUUGGACAGGGGAGCGAUGGGUGUAUGCUCACGACGGCGUGGCAUUGCACGAACUGCUCUCCAAAGAAUUUUCCAUCAUUUUUCAGUCAAAUAUAGACCUGUCACAUCUCAUUUACUCGUGACAAGACCAGAGUGAAGAACGGACACCAUUAUAGAUCCUUUCCAUUUACAUCAGUUGACUGUCGUGAUCUCUUUGGUUAAAUAAUAAGGUUGCAAGUUAAAAUUGCAACCAGUGCUCAAAUAUCCAUGGCUUUAUUUAAAUGGAAUGAUUGUUUUAUGAUAUUUUUGGGCACUUAAGUCAGACUUAAAAAUGUAUGAAUGUUAUUGCAUUAGAUGCAAAAUAUCUAACCAAGAGGCAUUUGCAAACAAAUGAUGCUAGACCUUCUUCUCAGACUAAAUUUAUUUUUAUGAGACAUUGUUGCUAUGACUUUUAAGCAACUGGUCUCAAGGUGAUUUUUAGUGGUAACAUACAGUAGGUGUCCUAGCAAGUAACCGCAGCUGUAAUUUAACACAUUAAAGGAAUAUUCCGGGUUCAGUACAAGUUCAGCUCAGUCGAUCACAUUUGUGGCAUAAUGUGGAUUACCACAAAAAUUCAACUGGACUUGUCCCUCCUUUUCUUUAAAAAAAGCAAAAAUCUGGGUUACAGUGAGGCAUUUUACAAUAUAAGAGAAUGGGGCCAAUCUGUAAAUGUUAAAAUACUCACUGUUUCAAAAGUGUAAUCAUGUAAACAUGAUUUCAGUGUGAUUAAAAUCACUUACUAACCUUUUCUGUGUAAAGUUAUAUCCAAUUUUAGGCUACAGCUUUGUUGCCAUGACGAUGUAAAGCCAUAAAACCUAAAACGACCAUAAAAACGACAAAUUAAAAAAUGUUACUGCUCAAAUAAUACACAAGUUUUAAUUGAAUAAUGUAAGUGGUUGUAUAAAAUUAUAAGCUUCACAUUUUGUCUUUAAACCCUCCAAAAAUGGGCCCCAUUUACUUUCAUUAUAAGUGCCUCACUGUAACCUCAAUUUUUGCAUUUUUAAAAGAAAAGGAUGGACAAGUCAAAAUUAUUUUUUGUGGUAAUCAUCAUUAUGAAACAAUUCAAUUUAGCUUAACUUGUAUUGAACCUAGAAUAUUCCUAUAACUGUGCGUGUUCCACUAACUGGUUCUGGUUUGACACUUGAAGUGUUGUUUCAUGAUUUGAAACCUAACAAACUUCUUAAAAAAAAAUAUAUAUUUCUUGAAAAUAAAUGCCAUUAGGAUUGAUAUUUUGUUAUCUAAUGCAAAGACAUUCAUUUUUAUGUAUGGCUUCAGAGUCCAAAUACCAUUUGGGGCCACUGUAUAGCAAUUGUGUAAUAUAAAACUUACAUUCAGCUGCAAGAUCUCUAUUCUUUUUGUGUGCUGCCAUACCUUCAGAACAGAACAGUGCUACUAAAUGUCAAAAACAUCAAAUCCCAGGAGAGUACAGACCUCAGACAAACUCUAGGGAUGAUUUAUUUGUCUGUUUCAAACCUGUACACAGUUAUGAGCUUUAAACCCACUCAGAACAGCAGAAAGUGCUCUCAUAAUCAAAUCCCUGUAGAUGAACCUGGUCACAUUAAAACCGGAUUAAAAGGUAAACAUUUAAUGGCUCUUUUUUUUAUUUAUUUAUUUAUUUUAUUAUCCAAUUUGGAAUGUCCAAUUCCCAUUGCGCUUUUAAGUCCUUGUGGUCACGUAGUAAUUCGCCUCAAUCCGGGUGGCGGAGGAUGAAUCCCAGUUGCCUCCGCAUCUGAGACCAUCAACCCGCGCACCUUAUCACGUGGCUUGUUGAGCGCGUUGCCACGGAGACAUAGCACAUGUGGAGGCUUCACGCCAACCACCGCGGCAUCCGCGCUCAACUCACCACGCGCCCCACCGAGAAGGAACGACAUUAUAGCGACCACGAGGAGGUUACCCCAUGUGACUCUACCCUCUCUAGCAACCGGGCCAAUUUGGUUGCUUAGGAGACCUGGCUGGAGUCACUCAGCAUGCCCUGGGAUUCGAACUAGCGAACUCCAGGGGUGGUAGCCAGUGUCUUUUACCACUGAGCUACCCAGGCCCCACAUUUAAUGGCUCUUAAACUAGAUGAACAAGACAAUGGACACAGAUUGUUUUCUGGAAGCUUUAAGUUAUCACAGCAUCCUGCAUUAACCUGGCCCUGGUUGAACUACUACUAGAGACUAUUGGGUAGAUCGAGGAAAAGAAGGGAAUUAUGACAGAUAGAGCAAAGGUUCUUCCUCUAAAAUCCCUCCAGCCAGAGCCUUUAUUUAAGAAUUAUCUUUGAACACCAGCAUUGUUCUGGGAUCAUUUGCUCAGGGUCACAGGACUGCUACCCUCGGAUGAUUUAAAAAUACCAGCUCGAUUUACCGCCGAUCCACCCAACAGUUAAAGCUGUGUCAUUAACUCCAGUGAUACAAGAUAGUCAAUCAUUUCUCCCCAGACAACUCUUAAUAUAAUAGCCCAUAUAUCGGAACAUUAACUUGACACUCUGUCCAUGUAAAUGUUGAAAUAUGAGAAAUUGUAAUGUGGUGGUAUGUAUGCCAAAAUGAGAUGAAACAAUGACACAUCUCUCUUUGUGUUGAUGUCUGAUGUAUUUUUCAGCUGUUUUUGUCUGUUGUUGAUGCAUAGCUAAAAAUGAUAUGAAAUAAACUAGGAUGUAAUUUCAUUUUAUUGUAUACACAUUGUGAAUGGGAGCCACAUUGUUACAGUUGCACUUUUUGUUUCUUAAUUCUGAUCUUUUUUAAUUCUGAAGGAAAUACCAGUGCUUGCAAGGAAGUUUUUGGUUAAAUGAUAGCUAUUCAACUUUUACGUAAAUAUUGAGAGAUUGACAGUAAUUACAAUAUUUAUGGAUGAAUAGAUAAUGGCAGCUUCUGUGCCCAUUUUCCGCUUUUAAAGAUAUCUUAAGACAAAAAAGACCAAUCACAAUUCAGUAUGCCAAUAGAUGUAUGAAAGAAGACCAACUGAAAUUUUGUAUGCAAACAUUACAGUAGCACCAUCUCUGUUGGUUAGAUUUGUUGGCACAAAUUGUAAGUCAAUGGGAGAUUUUUCAAACUUUAAAUCAAAUUUCUUAAAAAGUCACAUACUGUAAAACCCUAGACAGAGCACUUGUAUUACAGUUUUUCUCAAUUGCUUUGACUCAUUUUUUGAAACAGUCUUAACAUUCUCUAAACUGUAAGUUCAAUUGUCACAACUUUUGUGAGUUUUAUGGGACAUCACAACUCUAUUGCAUGUCUGCAAUAUGUAGUAACUCUCCCAAAACAUUUAAUUAAUGCUUCAAAACCUAGUUAGUGUUUCAGUAAAUUGGCCAAUGCCACCAAAAUGAAAAGUUUUUUUGUCAUUGUGUGAGCCGUACUGGUCAAAAUGUUUAGAUGUUUUUUCACCAUGGCAGUCAACCCUGGAAAUGUUAGUUAUAUACAAAUGUAAUUUUGUUCUACUUUUUUGUUGACACUGACUGCUUACUGUACUAUACAAGAAUGUCAGUUUUGUCUAGCUGAAUGCUAUUGUGUAUCACACUGAGCUUUUUAGAUACUGAUUUCAACAGUAGGUAAAGGUUUACUGGGAAAAUUCAGUACUGUACAAUACUGUAGUACACAGAAAAAGGAUAUGCACAUUUGUAUGUAUACAGUAAAUUUAUUUUUGUAGCAAUGUGUUACAUGUAAACAGAUCAUUUACAUUUGCAUGUCCAUUUUUACACAUUUCUUACAUGUAAAGUCAUAUAUAGUGAACAGAAAAUUGCCACAAAAUGUCAUCCAUGCAAAAAAACAAAACAAAAAAAAACCCCACAACAAUGAAAAACCUGUGGUAGUUCUGUAAAAAACAAUAAAUUGUUUAGUAGACAUCACAAAUA